ACUUUGCUGUAUGAUAUAGGUAUUUGUUAUAGUUUCUAAUAUGUUCAGUGUAAGAUUUUUCCUUUUCCCUUCUUGCAACUGCAAAUUGAAAACAUUUGUUACCAUGGUAACCAUCUCUAGCAGAAUAAACUAAGCUGUUUUUUGUAUAGUCCACAUUGAACAAAAGAUUUAAACUUUACUAACUUGUCAUUUAGACAGAACUCUAUACUUUCUUCUGAUUCUAGACUACAUACAUAAGAAGUUACAUAAAUAAUGCCGAUUCUAAUUAAAGAUUACAACUGGAGGCAAACGGAGAAGCUGGUUAUCAUUCGGGUCCCUUUGAAAGGUGUUUGUGUAAAGAAUAUUGACAUUUUUACGUCUGAUCAUUAUAUAAAAAUCCACUCGCCUCCAUUCCUGUUUGAAGUGUGUCUGUGGCAGCCGGUGGAGGAGUCUGAGUGUAGCUGCACGGUAACUGACGAAGAGGCCGUAUUCCAACUAGUGAAGAAGUUGGAGACAAACUGGCCGAGCCUAGCUGCAGAUAUCAGUCGUCAGGAGGCCCUGCAAGUUAAGACACGCGCUAUAGAGGAGGCUCUGGCAAGAGCCGAAAUCUGUCGGAAAGAUAAGUCAGCGAAGAAAAGCGAGCGGCAGAGAGCUGCAGUGAAAGAGCAGAUUAGCUUAAACACUCAUGAGCAUCAACAGAUUGAGCGCAACAAGCAGCAAGAGAAGGAAGCGGCACUCAUUCAAUUGGGUUGGAGCCGACCACAGUCCUCGGUCAGAAUUACGGAAAUUACUGAUGAAAACGAACAUUCAACUGCAAAAAAAAUUGGCAAGGAGAUAUUUCAACUGGAUAAAAAAGAGGAUAAGGUGAUGAAAAGCCUAAUUCCAGCGCCACGGCAAAGUGUUCAAAUUCCAGUAACGUUCACGCCGCGAUGGUUCCCCACGCCUUGUAGAGAGUCCAUGAUCACCGAGGAGCAAGAGUGGUUGAAGAAACGAGCGGAGGCCAUGCGCAGGACAGGAUUUGUAGCUGAAGACCUUCGACCUGAAGAACAGGAUCCUCUAUGGCUCUGCGAUAAAGCACAGAGCUUUUUCGACGUUGGGAACUACCUGGGGGCAGUGAGCGCAUACUCGCACGCCUUGACACUUAACGACCAGUUGUACGAGAUAUAUGCUGGUCGUGCUAAGGCUCAUCUUGCGCUCGGUAAUGUUGGAAAAGCUGCUUCUGAUUCUUCAAAUGCGCUGGAAUUGCUUACACCACCAGUUCCACAGAAUGUUGAGGCCAGGGCACAAUGCCUGCUCAGUCGAGGCCUUGCUCUGGCUGGACUUGGUCUGAAACGUGAAGCUCUUAGUGAACUUCAAGCUGCAGAAAGUCUCUCGCCAGACUGCCCGGACAUUAAAGUUGCUAUCACACAAUUACAGAAAGAACAACUUCAUGUUGAUUAACACUGAUUAUAAUUAAUAAUAAACUUUUACUAGCGUAUUGUGUAUUUUACAGUCACACUUUUCCAUGUGGUUUGUUUACCCAUCUCAAAAUAGAAUUAUAGUAGAAUCUCA